AUGGAAUCUUUUAGCGGUUUAGGCAUUGGCUUGAGUUUAGUCUUCGGGUGCGUCCUCUUGGGCUUAGUUGCAGAGCUGUACUACUUGUUGUGGUGGAGAAGGAGAAUCGCUAGUGGAGGGAUCGAGGCCCGCUACUCCAAAGAGCGGUUCCACAUGUUCUGCUGGAAGAAGCCAAUUUCUGUGGGCAGAGGCAAGCCCCAACAACAACCCGCCCAUCUGGCGACGAACCCAUAUGCCAGUGGCAUUGAACCAGACUUACUCCAAAAGGGCUACGAUGAAGAAGCCUUGGACUCGGAGCUCAUGAGGCUGCACAAUCUCAGUGGCCCCCCGCGGUUUCUCUUCACCAUUAACGAAGAAACGAAGGAAGAUUUGGAGUCUGAUGACGGCAAAUCUAGAGCCAGAAGCAGAAGCCUCAGCGACUUUCUCCUUGCCGUUGAGACCCCUAAUCUCACCCCUUUGGCUUCGCCAAAAUUCAGGAACCACUACGGGUUCAAUCCUUUGUUUGAAUCAUCAGCAGAAGCAGAGCUCAACAGGUUGAGGUCUUCUCCCCCUCCAAAGUUCAAGUUCUUGAGAGAGAGGCUAAGUCUAUAG